GGCUCGGAGCAGCCCUGAGGAGCCGCCGGGCACGGCGGUAACGGGGCCUGAUGGCCGGAGCGGGGCUGCUGCCCUCCCUGCCCACGCUGACUGUGCUCAUUCCCCUCCUGUCCCUGGCAGGCCUGUUCUACUCGGCCAGCGUCGACGAAACCUUCCCCCAGGGCUGCACCAGCACAACCAGCCUGUGUUUCUACAGCCUCCUCCUUCCUGUUACAGUGCCAGUUUAUGUGUUCUUUCACCUGUGGACCUGGAUGGGGAUUAAGCUUUUUAGGCAUAACUAGUGCGAUGCCUUUGCUAACCCCUGGGCUUCUCUAAAUCAACGUAAUUGGUUUAAUCUCAUUAACAUCUCAAGUAUUGCAGUUCACUUGAGUGAGUUUCCCUCUGGCACUAGUAACUGGUAUCAUUUUCCUGGUAGGAUCUGGAACUGUAUGAAGCAGCAGCCCAUUGUCAACUACUGCUAAUGCAGAUGAAGAGUAGGAGUAAUAAGAAGCACUAAUUCCCUCUGUUUUAUCCCUUCAAGAGUGCUGUGCAUUUGUAGUGGCACUAAUGAAAACUUCAGUUUUCAUGAGGAAAAACUGUACCCUGACUGAAUAAACUAAGCUAAAACUAAAA